AUGGCUCCCGCAGCAAUCGUCGAGCAUGGCACCCACCAUGCCGUGGAGCAACCCAAUAUCAACGAGAACUUCAAUAGCCACAAGGACGGCCUAGCCCUCGAGGCACUGUCGGACGACAUUGACGAUGUCAACGUCCUCAAGGCGGCCUUGAAGGUCAAGCAGGGCAACGCCACGCAGAAGGAAAAGGACAUCUACGAGAAGUCGCAAUUUGACGCGGAAAAGGACAAGACGCAGUUCCGGCAGUACGAGGCGGCGUGCGACCGCGUCAAGAACUUCUACCGCGAGCAGCACGAGAAACAGACGGUGGCGUACAACCUCAAGGCGCGCAACGACUUCCUCUCCAAGACGCGGGCCGAAAUGACCGUGUGGGAGGCCAUCGAGCGCCUCAACACGCUCAUCGACGAGUCGGACCCCGACACGUCCCUUUCCCAGAUCGAGCACCUGCUGCAGACGGCCGAGGCGAUCCGCCGCGACGGCAAGCCGCGCUGGAUGCAGCUGACGGGCCUGAUCCACGACCUGGGCAAGCUGCUGUUCUUCUUUGGCGCCAAGGGGCAAUGGGACGUCGUGGGCGACACGUUCCCGGUGGGCUGCGCGUUCGACAAGCGCAUCAUCUAUCCGGACACGUUCAAGGGCAACCCGGACCACGACGACGAGAUCUACAGCACCGAGCACGGCAUCUACACGCCGGGCUGCGGGCUCGACAACGUGAUGCUCUCGUGGGGCCACGACGAGUACCUCUACCACAUCUGCAAGGAGCAGUCGACGCUGCCCGACGAGGGCCUCGCCAUGAUCCGCUACCACUCGUUCUACCCCUGGCACCGCGAGGGCGCGUACGAGUGGAUGAUGAACGACAAGGAUUACAAGAUGCUGCAGGCCGUGCGGGCCUUCAACCCCUACGACCUCUACAGCAAGAGCGACGACAUGCCCAAGGCAGAGGAGCUCAAGCCCUACUACAUGGAGCUUAUCAACGAGUACUUCCCCACCAAGGUCAUCAAGUGGUAG